CACGUUCCGCCCCUCCCUUUCGCGCGGCCUCCCACUUCCGCUUCCGGUGCGGGCCGCGCGCGAGCGCAGCGGUGGGAGGCGGCGACGAGCCGGUUGAGGCCCCAAGCUCGGCCUCACCACGAUGUGGCACGAGGCUCGGAAGCAUGAGCGCAAGCUUCGAGGCAUGAUGGUCGACUACAAGAAGAGGGCAGAGCGGCGGCGGGAGUACUAUGAAAAGAUUAAGAAGGACCCAGCCCAGUUCCUGCAAGUGCACGGCCGAGCUUGCAAGGUGCACCUGGAUUCUGCCGUCGCCCUGGCCGCCGAGAGCCCCGUUAACAUGAUGCCCUGGCAGGGAGACACCAACAACAUGAUUGACCGCUUCGAUGUCCGUGCCCACCUUGACUACAUCCCCGACUACACCCCCCCGCUGCUCACCACCAUCUCCCCAGAACAGGAGUCGGACGAGCGGAAAUGUAACUACGAGCGCUACCGAGGCCUGGUGCAGAACGACUUUGCUGGCAUCUCCGAGGAGCAGUGCCUGUACCAGAUCUACAUUGACGAGUUGUAUGGAGGCCUCCAGAGACCCAGUGAGGAUGAGAAGAAGAAGCUGGCGGAGAAGAAGGCUUCCAUUGGCUACACCUACGAGGACAGCACCGUGGCCGAGGUGGAGAAGGUGGCGGAGAAGCCAGAGGAGGAGGAGUCGCCAGCUGAGGAGGAGAGCAACUCGGACGAAGAUGAGGUCAUCCCCGACAUCGACGUGGAGGUGGACGUGGACGAACUGAACCAGGAGCAGGUGGCAGAUCUCAACAAACAGGCCACGACCUAUGGCAUGGCCGACGGUGACUUUGUCAGGAUGCUCCGGAAAGACAAGGAGGAGGCGGAGGCGAUCAAACAUGCCAAGGCUCUUGAGGAAGAGAAGGCCAUGUAUUCGGGCCGUCGCUCCCGGCGCCAGCGGAGGGAGUUCCGGGAGAAGCGACUAAGGGGCCGCAAGAUCAGCCCACCCAGCUACGCCCGCCGAGACAGCCCCACCUACGACCCCUAUAAGCGGUCACCCUCAGAGUCCAGCUCCGAGUCCCGCUCCCGCUCCCGCUCCCCGACCCCAGGCCGCGAGGAGAAGAUCACGUUCAUCACCAGUUUUGGGGGCAGCGAUGAGGAGGCAGCCGCAGCCGCGGCUGCAGCAGCCGCAUCAGGGGCCACCACAGGGAAGCCCCCCGCGCCCCCCCAGCCCGGCGGCCCCGCACCGGGACGUAAUGCCAGCGCCCGCCGCCGCUCCUCCUCCUCCUCCUCCUCCUCUUCUUCUGCCUCGAGGACCUCCAGCUCCCGCUCCAGCUCCCGCUCCAGCUCCCGCUCCCGCCGUGGCGGGGGCUACUACCGUUCUGGCCGCCACGCACGCUCCCGCUCCCGGUCCUGGUCCCGCUCCCGCUCCCGCUCGCGGCGCUAUUCUCGGUCCCGUAGCCGUGGCCGGCGGCACUCAGGUGGGGGCUCCCGAGAUGGACACCGGUACUCCCGUUCACCCGCCCGGCGUGGUGGUUACGGGCCCCGGCGCAGAAGCAGGAGCCGCUCCCGCUCCGGGGACCGGUACAGGCGGGGCGGCCGGGGCCCCCGGCACCACAGCAGUAGCCGCAGCCGCAGCAGCUGGUCCCUCAGCCCGUCCCGCAGUCGCAGCCUGACUCGGAGCCGCAGCCCCAGCCAGAGCCGCAGCCGCAGCCAGAGCCGCAGCCGCAGCCGCAGCCAGAGCCCCUCGCCAUCGCCCCCAAGGGAGAAGCUGACCAGGCCGGCGGCGGCGUCCCCUGCUGUGGGCGAGAAGCUGAAAAAGACCGAACCUGCCGCUGGUAAAGAGACAGGAGCUGCCAAACCCAAGCUGACGCCACAGGAGAAGCUGAAGCUGAGGAUGCAGAAGGCGCUGAACAGGCAGUUCAAGGCGGAUAAGAAGGCGGCGCAGGAGAAGAUGAUACAACAGGAGCACGAGCGCCAGGAGCGGGAAGACGAGCUCCGAGCCAUGGCCCGCAAGAUCCGCAUGAAGACGGCAGCAGUACCUGCCCUUGGGUUUACCCUGCCCUUGGACUGGGAUGUUGGAGGCACCUGCCCCGGGCAGGCAACCCAGCCCGCCCUCAAGUUCAGCAUUCUCUCCACGUGCUCAUGCCUUCCCCUGGGUCGCCUCCCUUUCUCUGCAGGGAGCGGGAACGCAGAGAGAAGGAGAGAGAAGAAUGGGAACGUCAGUACAGCCGGCAGAGCCGCUCACCCUCCCCCCGUUACAGUCGAGAAUACAGCUCUUCCCGAAGGUAAGCAAGCCAGCCCCGCUCCCUGGAACGUGACGUCCCUGCCUCGAUUCUCCAUCCCCUCUCUGUACCCCUCUGCGUGUGGAGGCUGGCCUGGUCCCGUUAGCGUCCCUCCCUCUGCAGCUCGCUCCUGGUCACGGGUGCGUGUGUACGCAGUGUGGCUGCUUCCCCCAGCCCUCACGGGGUCCCUCCUUUCUCUCUCCAGGCGCUCAAGGUCGCGAUCUCGAAGUCCCCAUUACCGACAUUAGGCAGAAGUGUGGGGGCUGGGGGGUGGGGGUGAGGGCUCAGGCUGUGAUGCUGCUGGUUUUAUCUCUAAUGAAAUAAAAUCACUCGCUAUUUAAUUCCCUUUA